CGAGUGAAAGGAAUUGUCAGAAAUUGACAGAGUUGUCGGACUUAAUUUAAAUUUGGAUUAGAAUCAAGCCAAUAUUUAAACAAAAAAAUUUAAAUUAAAUGUGUUUUUAUUUAUAAUAAGAUGCUAUAACAUAAGGAAUAUUAUUUAAGAAUAAUGUAAUAGUAAAACAUAGGGAAAGUUUGUUCAUGAAUUAAGAAAGCUACAAUAUCAGAGUAUUUGUAGCAGGCUGCUGGGUUGACACUACUAACAACAAACGGCGAACAGGAAUAAUAGUAAUCAGCUGUUAUAGUUCAUAAUUUGUUUUGUUUAUUUCAAUUGUAAAUAAUUCAAUACAUUGCUGUAAAAUGGAAGUUAAUGAAAUUACUGCAAAGAAUGGGAAAGUUUGCCGUCUUUGUGGUGAGGUGCAGCACAACGUCAUAGAACUCUCUGGAAAGAAAAAUGAAGAAAUUACAUCUUUAGUUGGACGCAUUCUGAGCUGUUUGAAUAUAAAGUAUGAACAAAAUGACUACUUUCCAAAUCUGUUAUGCGUCGCUUGCCAUUUGGAUGCUGAAUCGACAGAUAAAUUCCUACAAAUGGUAGAAGAGGGACAGAGGAAAUUGUUGCAAAAGUUAAGAAAAUACGAGGCACACAAAAAUAUAGAUCACCCACAGGUGAAAGAUAAGAAUUCAUGUAAGAUGGCAAAUGAAAAAAACCAUACAUUGACUGAAGGAGAAAAUGUUGUUGAAAAAUUUGAAACUCCAACUCAAAACUUAACGAGCAACACUAUUUCCUGUAAAAACGCUAAGCGCGUAAGAAAGAAGAAAAAACUUUUUCCAUGUGACCCUAUCCCUUAUCUUGAUGAUGAACAGAAUGACGUCGAUUUAGAAACAAACUCUGACAAUUGUUCCGAGAUAAAUACAGGCACACUCAUCACUAUACAACCAAUUGCUGAAUUACGAGCUGCAAAUGGUUCUUCUUUGGCAGAAAUAAUUUCAGUUGGCUCCGAUGCCCGCAUGCAUCGCACAACACGUGCUGCUUCAGAGAUACGUUUGAUUUGCGAAUACUGUAAAGAGGUUUUUACGAAACAACAUUUAUUUCUAAAACAUUUACGCACUCAUAAUGAAUCAGUUUAUAAAUGUGCCGAGUGUAUAUCAAAGUUCGACACACUAGCUGACUUAAAGAAACAUCAAAAGAUUGCUGCUCAUAAAGGCACAACACUGCUGGCCAAAAGUGACACUGAAAGCAAUAAAAUAAUUGAGGAAAAACAUUCGUCAGAUAAAAAAGCUGAAACCACCAUUAACAUAGUUGUAGACGAUGCAGGACAUAUCACGUCUAUUGAUUCGGAAUUAAAUUCUAAAGAGAUUGAUGACACUGCUAAUGCAACGGAAAACGUUGCUGAGGAUAUACUGGAAGUACAAUCAGACUCUGCAAAAAUAAGCACGUUUAAGUGUUUGAAGUGCAACAAAUCAUAUAAAACACACUAUUCGGUGUUGCGUCAUCACAAACAAGUGCAUGUGGGAACGCGUCCAUACAAGUGCCAACAUUGCACGGCCAGCUUUAAGCACACCACCAAUCUGGCUUACCACAUGGCGAAACACACGGGCAUACGAAACUUUAAAUGCAAUACAUGCGCCAAGGCGUUUGUACAUAAAAGCGAACUGACUUUGCACAUGCGCACGCACACCGGCGACAAGCCCUACGUCUGCAAGCACUGUCCCAAAGCGUUUGCGCAUCGCUCCAAUAUGGUCACCCAUAUGCGUUUGCAUUCGGGUCAGCUACCGUUUAAGUGUGAAACUUGCGGCGCCAAUUUCAACAGUAGUUCCCACUGGAAACUGCACAAACAAAUGCAUCUAAAACAUGCGCAGCGCGCAGUACUCGCGCGUUUGCAGAAUAAUAAAGCAGAGAAUGAAAAGGCACUCGAAAAAGAGCAGCUUACUGUUGCUGUCCCAACAGCACAGCCAAAUAACUCGGACCAAAAAUCGGAUGCGAAUAUGUCUUUGCUGCGUUCAAAAGCUACAAACGUAAAAUCCGUUGAGGUAUUGCCACCGCUCAAAAAACUGCCCGCACCAAACUCUGUUAUAAGUAAAGACGAAUUGAAAACGCUGAUGCUUACAAAUAUGCAUGCGAAUGUGGGCGUAGCUUCCGAAACUACGCAACUACGUUAUAAAUGCGAUCAGUGCUUGCAACGUUUCAAAUUGAAGUCAGCUUUGACGAAGCACAUGCGCACACACACGGGUGAAAGGCCGUAUAAGUGUCCAUUAUGUCCGCGUACCUUCGCUGAUGCAUCGAACUUUAAACGUCACAAGACGCUACAUAAAACUGCCACCGAAGAGUUGCAAAAUGUCAGCAAAAAAUAUAAGCAUUCUGAUUUGUUGCACGAAUUUCAGCGUGAUAGAAGAAAAACACUUCCUAUUGGAGGAAGUGUCUCGCCAACGCAUAGUGUAGCAUCCGACCCCGACCCAGAUGGUUUGGAGGCGCUCCAAUUAACAAACGUUGGUUCGCCCAAAAGCGUUUCAGAUAUCAGUGAUGAUGAUGAUAAUGAUGAUGAUGUUAAUACCGUGUUUGACAUGCUGCAUAGCAUAGCUGUCGAAAGAAAGCGAGAGUUAACAAGUGGUAAUGACAACUUCAACAGUACAAAGGCGCAUAAUGUUUUACAUAGAACCGCAACUCCCAAAUCUCCUCAAAGGCUAAUUUGUAUUUCUUAUCCGAAUCCUGCGAAUCCUAAUGAUAAUAAAAUGACCACAUUUUAUGUUUAAAUAAAGAUUUUCAGUUCUAAAGAGAUAUUCUAUAUGUAUAUAUAUGGAAAAGUUGUGUACAAGUGUAAGACAAAACUGUAGUAUAGCAGUUGUAAGGGCUUAGGAUUUGACACUCAUUAACUUUUGUAAGAAAUACAUACAUUCCACUGAAAAUGUUAGAUGCAAAGCCUCUACCAGGAGAUCCUAGUUGAUUAACCCUACUCAUUGUCAAGGUAUAUCUAUAACUAUUUGUACAAAGAAGAAGUUGUAGUUCAGGAAAUUGCCUAUAAGCUUAAAAAGUCAAGUUCCACAACCAUUGAAAUUAAUAUAAUUAAUUUUAAUCAAAAGAGAAAUCAAGAAAUUAUUGUCUUGGAAAUUUGUUAAAGAAAUCAUUUUGAGUAUAUUUUUAAGCUAAUUUUUCCUUACAAUAACAACAAUAACAAUAAAAAUUUUAGCGGAAAAGA